AUGGCCGAUGUCUGGAAUCAUGACAGCCUUGGAGCAGUUGCACUGGCUGCGAGUUUCCUUGCACUGCACAUGGUUUUUUCAGCUCACCAUCUUCGUGCCUGCAUGGCAUGGCUGAUAAAGCCAUCUUCCGAAGAUGACCCCUGUGGGGUGAGACUCGAGAUGGCUCUCGUCGAGGCAAGGAGAGCCAACUUCUUCAAGUUAGCUCGCUUCGGCACCUUCGCUGGAGCUGGUGGGUUGACAUACUUCAUCUACGCGUACAUCGUGAACCCGUGUCUUGGUGAGGCAAGCUUUGCAAUCACGACCUUGAUCAUGUAUGUUCAGUUUACAGUGGUUGCAAGUCAGAGCCUGGAGCUCACCAUAGACAUCGCAGAGUUUGGUUGCUGCAGCUUCUAUGGGCUGCUUCUGCUUUGCUACUUGGAGCUGCCCUUCAUUCAGGAGGCGCACAUCGACGCCAAGGCCUAUGACACCUGUUGCACAGCUAUUCGGUUCAUCCUCGCAGCGGUCGCCCUGAACACUAGGUUGUCUUUUCCGUGGCAGCUGCUGAUUUCGGCGGGACAGGUUUGGUCGGACUUCCGAGCGCCUGGUGGCGUGCAUCAUCCGGCCUUCAGCGUUUUUCUGCAGGGCGUGGUCCUCGGCCUGACAAUUCUUGGAUCCUACACACUGGAGACCUGCGUGAGGUGCAGCAUCCGUGCGCAGUUUCACUGCUCAGAUGCCGAGUCCUUAAUGGUGAGCUUUCGUCAGCUGCUGAGGGGUGUCUGCGAUGGGGAAGUCCUGUUGGAUAGCAACCUGCGCAUACACAGCGUCUCUGACUGCCUGAAGCACCUCCUGAUGAGUAGCACCAACAUGCAUGGCAAGUCCUUUCAGCAGUUGCUUGAUCCGGCUGAUCUGCAGAAGUUCCGAGAAUUUAUGGAGACCUCUGCGAGCCAGACCGAGCAGAAGAACGGUCCACCGACAUGCUUGCAUGUGUCCUUGCUGGGGGCGGCAAGUACGCGGAUCCCAGUCGACUUAUAUCAUGUACCCAUAUCCAAGCUCUACGGAUCUCAUGAUCCCUACCAUCUCAUCGCGCUCAAGGAGGAUUCUGACCAAAGAGCACCACCCGAAGAAGCCGUGGCCUUUCCUCAUCGGCAUCGCGUCUUCUCGGGCAGUGAGGGCGGCGCACUCGUCACAGGAUUGCAAGCCCUCUUCGGUAAUCUUUCAGAGAUGAGCUUCUUGCUCGAUCCGGCCACGGGUUCCUGCGAUGUACAUCGGGCACAGCUUCGAUUUCGACACCGACCCGGGAAGGAGAUCAAUCUUCGCUCGAUCGUGUUGCCCACAGAUUGGGCCAGCAUACACGAGGCGGUGACACAGUUCUCAGAACGACCGGAUGCGGCACAGACGACCUCAUAUGCACAUCGUUUGCCUACCAUAAGGUGCAGAAUGCUGGACCGCUGCUCCCGGAUCUACAACUCAGCUCACCUGGUGGAGCUUUCUGCCCAUUCUCGCAUCAGCAGGAAGGUAUGGUUGCGCUUGGGCGACUUGGUGGAGGGCACAGCUUCUGGUGAGCGUCGGCACUUGCACAGAGUGCUACCGGAGCUUCGACGAAGCCGAAGCCAAACGAGUGUAUAG